AUGUCAGACGAGAACAUCAGCGAGAAGCAGGAUGCCGCCACUGUCGAGAUGCUGCGUCGCUACCAGACGGCCGAGAGUGUAUUGCUUCCAAUUCCUCGCGAUGCCUUUGAAAAGCUCUAUCUGAGCCCCAAGACCCCCGCGGCGGGUAAUUUGCGUCGCACUUUUGGUAAUCCGACUCCUAUUUCGCUACUGGGCUUCUUGCUCGCUGCAACGCCAGCGGCGAUGUUGACUAUGGGUUGGGGGAACUCGGGCGGAAGUGGUGGAGCUAUCUUACCCGUCUAUAUUUUCUUCGGUGGUAUGGUACAGAUCUUCGGUGCUGUGGGCGAGUGGCUUCUUGGAAACACCUUCUCAAGCGCCCUAUUCUUCACAUACGGAACAUUCUGGAUUGUCCAGGGUACAACCCAAAUCCCUUGGUACGGCGUUGGAACCAACUACUCUACCACCGGUAACUCCUUCGAGGGCAUGCAGACCGCAGAAUUUGCUGCAACCACCGGUCUCUACUAUGCCGUCCUCUCCGUCCUAACCUUCGUCUACCUGAUUUGUUCCAUCCGCACAAACGUCUGCCUCUUCCUCGCCCUGUUCUUGCUAGUCAUCACCUUUGCCUUGACCGCGGCGACAUACUUCCAGUCGUCCGUGGGUAAUCUCGCCCAUGCAGCUACGCUACAGAAGGCCGCGGGCGGUUUCAAUUUUGCUCUCUGUCUGCCAAUUUGGUGGAUCUUCAUUGCUCAGAUCUUUGAGGCUGUGGAUUUCCCUAUCACGAUCCCCGUUGGUGACUUGAGCACGGUGAUUCUGGGUAAGAGCCAGAAGGCGAAGAAACGUGAAGCUGAGGGACAGUAG